CGGCGUGCAAUCUUGGCAAAUGAAGGACGAGGUCGACGAGCGCUCCAAGCACCUGUGGAACACGCUGCACCUCAUUGAGCGCAACCUCAAGCUGCUCGCCGAGGCGAUCGAGGCGACGACGACCUUCCGCGAGGCCCGCGAUGCGCAUGCGGCCAAGCUGGCCAAGGCCUUUGACGACUGUGCCAUCACCGAGCCCUGCAUGGCAGUGCACACGGUGCUGGCUGCCAUGGGCGAUGCGACGCGGACGCUGAGCACCGAGACGCACGAGAUUAUGGUCGUACGCCCCGAACAGACGGCGAUCGUCGAGCUCACGCAGAUCCAGGACUGGGGCGUGGUGCCCAUGAAGCGGCUCCUCGAAGACCGCGACAAGGCGAUCAAGGCCAUCGCCAAGCUCCAGCGCGACGUCGACGAAAAGACUAUCGUCCUCGGCGGCAACAAGGAGCGCGAGAAGCGCGCGCGGCUCCUGACCGACCAAAAGCGCCGGGUCGACAACGUCAACGCGCUUCUCGAGCUGCAUUGGAAGCGCUUCGAGUUCUUCCGCGUCACCAAGAUGAAGGUAGAUGAUACCUUCUGCUUCUUCGACACGCAGGUGCAAGCGAGCGUAGCGGGUCAUGAGCGAAAUGGCGCGGGCGCAGCUGUACUACCACUGCAAAGGCGUCGAGUGCUUUACCAUUCCGUGUCGGGCAACACCGCUCAUCGACCCGAAGGACGCCGCCGCCGAGGUCUCGCUGGAUGCACAGCCCGCCAAUGUCAAGCCAUGAGAGCCACCAAACCAUCUACACGUGUCGAUACCUAGCCCUCGCCGCAAGGUCCAAGAGGUGGCAGCCUCGGGUCUCUCGCAUUCACUGCUUAUAAUGCAUGCUUCUACAUCUUGUCUACUUUGUACUAGAACGAGCCACGCACUUCGUACCCAUGUGCGUU